CCCCUUUUCCGCCCCUUUCGGCGAGGUGAGAGGUCAUCCUAGCACUAGUCGGUGGGAGCGACUAUGGCGGGGCUUUGGGUGAGCGUGGGAUCGCUGAUCGCGGCGGGACAGCGUGGGCAGCGAUCGCCGCAGCAGCUGAUGCGGAGAGUAGCGCUGUGGACCCUGAAGCAUGCUUCACACUAUUCAAGACACCACUUAAUGGUGACUCGUAGUCUCUGUUCAGCGGACUCUUAUUCUAAUGAAAAAACUUUUGAUAAAAUUCUUGUUGCUAAUAGAGGAGAAAUUGCAUGUCGGGUUAUUAAAACUUGCAAGAAGAUGGGCAUUAAGACAGUUGCCAUCCACAGUGAUGUUGAUGCUAGUUCUGUUCAUGUGAAAAUGGCGGAUGAGGCUGUCUGUGUUGGCCCAGCUCCCACCAGUAAGAGCUACCUCAACAUGGAUGCCAUCAUGGAAGCCAUUAAGAAAACCAGGGCCCAAGCUGUACAUCCAGGUUAUGGAUUCCUUUCAGAAAACAAAGAAUUUGCCAAAUAUUUGGCAGCAGAAGACAUCAUUUUCAUUGGACCUGACACAUGUGCUAUUCAAGCCAUGGGUGACAAGAUUGAAAGCAAAUUAUUAGCUAAGAAAGCAAAAGUUAACACAAUUCCUGGCUUUGAUGGAGUUGUCAAGGAUUGCAGAUGAAGCUGUCAGAAUUGCAAGGGAAAUUGGCUACCCUGUCAUGAUCAAGGCCUCAGCAGGUGGUGGUGGGAAAGGCAUGCGAAUCGCUUGGGAUGAUGAAGAGACCAGGGAUGGUUUUAGAUUUUCAUCUCAAGAAGCAGCUUCUAGUUUUGGCGAUGAUAGACUGCUAAUAGAAAAAUUUAUUGAUAACCCUCGUCAUAUAGAAAUUCAGGUUUUAGGUGAUAAACAUGGGAAUGCUUUGUGGCUGAAUGAAAGAGAGUGCUCAAUUCAGCGAAGGAAUCAGAAAGUGAUAGAAGAAGCACCGAGCAUUUUUCUGGAUUCUGUGACUCGAAGUGCAAUGGGAGAACAAGCUGUAGCUCUUGCCAAAGCAGUAAAGUAUUCUUCUGCUGGAACUGUAGAAUUUCUUGUGGACUCAAAGAAAAAUUUUUAUUUCUUGGAAAUGAAUACAAGACUCCAGGUUGAGCAUCCUGUCACAGAAUGCAUUACUGGUCUGGACCUAGUCCAAGAAAUGAUCCGUGUUGCCAAGGGUUACCCUCUCAGACACACACAAGCUGAUAUUCCCAUCAACGGCUGGGCAGUUGAGUGUCGGGUUUAUGCUGAGGACCCUUACAAGUCUUUUGGUUUGCCAUCUAUUGGGAGAUUGUCUCAGUACCAAGAACCAAUACAUCUACCUGGUGUCCGGGUUGACAGUGGCAUCCAACCAGGAAGUGACAUUAGCAUUUAUUAUGAUCCAAUGAUUUCCAAACUAAUCACAUAUGGUUCUAAUAGAACUGAAGCACUGAAGAGAAUGGAAGAUGCACUAGACAAUUAUGUUAUUCGAGGUGUUACACAUAAUAUUGCAUUACUUCGCGAGGUGAUAAUCAACUCACGCUUUGUAAAAGGAGACAUCAACACUAAAUUUCUUUCUGAUGUAUAUCCUGAUGGCUUUAAAGGACACAAGCUAACAGAGAAUGAAAGAAAUGAGUUAUUGGCUAUAGCAUCCUCAUUGUUUGUGGCAUCCCAAUUAAGAGCACAAUGUUUUCAAGAACAUGAAAAUUCAAGAGUGCCUAUUGUUAGACCACAAGUGGCUAACUGGGAGCUUUCAAUAAAAUUGAAUGAUCAAGUUCAUACCGUUGUAGCAUCAAACAGCGGGAAAACAUUCUCUGUGGAAGUCUAUGGGUUGAAACUAAAUGUGACCAGCACGUGGAACCUGGCUUCACCCUUAUUGUCUGUCAACGUUGAUGGCAUUCAGAGGACGAUACAGUGUCUUUCACGAGAAGCAGGUGGAAACAUGAGCAUUCAGUUUCUUGGUACAGUGUACAAGGUGCAUAUCUUGACCAAACUCGCUGCAGAAUUGAGCAAAUUUAUGCUGGAAAAAGUGGCUGAAGAUACAAGCAGUAUUCUUCGCUCCCCGAUGCCUGGCAUGGUGGUGGCCGUCUCUGUCAAGCCCGGGGACAUGGUAACAGAAGGUCAAGAAAUUUGUGUGAUUGAAGCAAUGAAAAUGCAGAACAGUAUGACAGCUGGGAAAACUGGCAAGGUGAAAUCAGUGCAUUGUAAAGCUGGAGACACAGUUGGAGAAGGAGAUCUGCUCAUGGAACUGCAAUGAAGUAUUUAUAGCCUUUCAGUCAUCACCCAGUUUAAUUAGCCAUUUGUAUUAUUAUUCUUUCACACUCAAUUUAUCCAAGCAUUUUGCAGGAACACCCCUGUGCAGCAGAUUUUACAUAGUCAUAUUUAUUCCACAUAUAGUCAAAACCAACAUUCUGCCAAAAAAUCACCAAUGGAAAUUUUUAUUGAUAUAAAUACUUGUACAUAUGAUUUGUACUUCUGCUGUGAGAUUUCCUAGUGUCAAAGUUAAAUCAAUAAAACUGAGCAUUUGUCUAAA